AUGGAUCCCACUAUAGGCGAGCUGCAGCAGACCCUAAAGGGUCAUUCUGAUUCAAUAUUAUCUAUCGCCUUCUCACCAAAUAGUCAACUACUAGCCUCUAUAUCUAUUGACAAGACUCUUAUCCUUUGGGAUCCCACUACGGGCGAGAUAGACCAGAUUCUUCAGAAUCAUUCGAGUGUCAUUCGGUCUGUUGCCUUCUCGCCAAAUGGUCAAUUAUUGGCGGCCGGCUCCAAUGAUGGCACAAUCAAGCUCUGGGAUCCUAUUGUAGGCGAGCUGCGGCGGACUAUUAAGGACCUUGGGAGUGCAGUUCUGUCUAUCGCCUUCUCACCAGAAAAUCAAGUACUGGCGUCUAGCUCUAGUGAUAGGACUAUUAAGUUCUGGGACCCGGUCACAGGAGAGUUGCGGAGGAUCCUAAAAAGCCAUGCGCACUCGGAUCAGGUUCAAGCUAUCACUUUCUCACCAAGGGGAACUUUACUCGCCUCCGGCUCUGGCUCUGAUGAAACCAUUGAGCUCUGGGAUUCCGCCAUGGGCAUGCUGAAGCAAACCCUUGAAGGUCAUUCUGAUUCAAUGUCGUCUAUCGCUACAGCUCAAUCUAUUGCCUUCUCCUCAGACGGUCGACUCUUGGCCUCUGGCUCCCUUGACAAGACAAUUAGGCUCUGGGAUCCCACAACAGGCGAAUUGUUGCAGACUUUUGAGGGUCAUACUGAUUCGGUCUUGUCUAUCGCUACGGUUGAGUCUGUCGCUUUCUCGCCGGACGAUCAACUAUUGGUGUCAGGUUCUAGCGACAAUACCAUCAAGCUCUGGGACCUCAACACAAGCGAGAUUUCGCAGGAUCUUGAGGGUUACUCUGAUUCAGUGAGAUCUAUCGCCUUCUCACCCAACGGUCAACUACUGGUAUCCGGCUCCAGUGACAAUACCGUCAAGCUCUGGUCUUCCACCACAGGUGAGCUGCGGAAAACCCUUACUGGCCAUUCGAAUUGGGUUUGCUCUGUCGCUUUUUCAACAUGUGGUCAACUCCUAGCGUCUAGCUCUGACGACAACACCAUCAAGAUCUGGGACUCCAGUACAGGGGACCUACGGCAUACACUUGAGGGACAUUCACACGCGGUUCGGUGUGUUACCUUUUCACCUGAUAUUCAUCUACUGGCGUCUGGCUCUGGGGACGGUACUAUUAAGCUUUGGGACCCCACCUCAGGGCAGCUGGGGCAAACUCUUGAGGGCCAUUCAAGCUGGGUUUGGUCGGUUGCCUUUUCACCGAAUGGUCAAGUACUAGCAUCUGGAUCUAGCGAUAAGACCAUAAAGAUCUGGGACCUUACCACCGGCCAGCUGCGGCAGACCCUAGAGGGUCAUUGCAAUUCAGUCCGGGUUGUUAGGUUCUUACCGAGCAGUCAGGUGCUAGAAUCCAUCUCUGACGACAAGACGAUCCGACUCUGGAAUCUCACCACAGGAAAAUUAGAACAGACGCUAGGGAAUCAUUGCAAUCCUGGUCAGCAUGCAACGCAAACUGGAAUAUCUAUACAGGAAAGCCAGUGGAUUUGUUUCAAUGGGGAAAAGAGGCUUUGGCUUCCCUCAGAGUAUCGUCCAAUUUGCUUUGCAGUAAAUGAUGGCGUCCUCGCUCUGGGUCAUGCAUCUGGAAGAGUUUCCUUUAUCUCCUAA